AUGGGACAAAAUGGCGAGUCGAAGGAUGAUCAAGCAGCCAGGCAUCAGGAGGUUGGGCACAAAAGCCUUCUGCAAAGUGAUGUUCUUUACCAGAUUCUGGAAACCAGUGUUUAUCCAAAAGAGCCAGAGACGAUGAAAGGGCUCAGAGAAAUUACCGCCAAGCAUCCUGGUGAAUUUUCGGAUGAGGGGCAGUUUCUUAACAUGCUUCUGAAGCUGAUUAACGCUAAGAAAACGAUGGAGAUUGGAGUAUACACUGGGUACUUGCUUUUGGCCACCGCCCUUGCUCUUCCGGAUGACGGUACAAUAUGUUGCCAAAACCAAAAUAAAUCGACCUUUUUUUUUCUGUUACUAUUUUAUAAUAUAGGAAUCUACAUAGUACAUCCACCACUAUUUAUGCUCUACUUACAGCUACAUGAUUCUGUGGAGUUUUCUUUCAAUAUGACUACUGGGUCUUUGCAUUGGGAACUAUUGCAAAGAGAAAGUUUCCGGGCAUGGCUGUGGAUAAUCAGGUAAAAUGAGGACACAAUAAUCAUCUCAGAAAUAAACUAUUCUCAGCUUGAUCUCAGGAGAACAAACCUGCCGCUAGAACCACAAGGGCAGGGCGAUCAUUACCAGCUGAUAGAUGCCAAGAGGUUGAACUUGAAUCCUGAAAACUGAUGAGAGGCUGCUGAAAAUUUGAUUCAGAUUCCUAUUUGUCUGUUUAGGUAAAUACAUUAUGAUCCACUCUAUAAUCCGAUGCACUAUAAUUCAUUAGAUAACAUUCUUGAUCUUUGCUACAUAUGUUAUUAUGUUACUCCUUGCUCAGCUUUCGGACCAUAAAAGGACAAACUCCUUACAUCUGCAUUCAUGAGUAUGAGUAUGUAUGUAUGUUAUGUAUUACUUUGGUUGAUUAUCCAAUCCAAAUUAGUUGUUGUUUGUGCAAGUAAGUUCUUGCGUGUGCUAUGUUAGUUAUGUAGACUUCUAUGAUGAAAAGAAUGUUUUGAAUGCAAGAAAGAAUGCAUCAAAUCAGGUACUUCUUGAUGGCUGAAUAUUGACAUGGGAUACCUAUUGCUAGUGUUAUCAUUAUGUAAUUUUCUUAUGUCUUUGAAUCCAAUAUAGCAUAAUAACAACUUGAUUUCUUAAUUAUAAAAAUGUGAAUUAUAUUUGUAUCAAUAUUUGAGGUUUUAUAAAUGACCUCUUGGCUUGUUUCAAGUUACCGUCAAUAAAGUUAUUGUUUUGUAUGACAAUGACAGCAUAACACCUAGAGGCGUAAAGAUUGGUACAUUUGCAAUGAUUUUAAGAGGUCGUUUGAAAGCUUAUUUGAAACGAGAGUUGAAUUUCUUAUUCAAGCGGCUCGUUAGUUCUAUAUAGAAAGAAAAUGGGAACAACAAAGAAAUCAUUGCAAUGGAUAGAAGGUCACUAAUUAUGUGGCAAUUUUUUACAACGGAAAAUCUUGAUUGUCACAUUGUAUUACUACAAUAGUAUUUACUACCGCUCCCAUUUAGAUGCAAAUUUCGUUGUAAUUGUAAGUUGUGACGGAAAUUUUGUCUGUUGUUACAGAAUUUUUCCGUAGUAAUUUUCAAUUUUUUUUG